UGUUCUAUUAUAACGUAGGAAUUUACUAGAUGACAAUUAUAGAGUUCCCCACGCUUUUAUUUCCAUUUUAUUAUUUAUCUUGCGGUUUUGCUCACCACUAAAAGAGCGAAGCGGGUAUCUUUAUCAGCACCACUAAAGAUGAUGCGCCGACAAGCUCGUCUGCGGCGUGAGUAUCUCUACCGCAAAAGCAUUGAGGAACGUCAGCGAACCAUUCAAGAGAACAAAGCCAAAGUCAAGAACGCCUUGGACAAGAGCCACAUCCUACCCAGCGCACUUCGUAAGGAUGCUCUGCUGCUAGCUGAGAAGACAGACUGGGAUGACGAGGGCGGUCAGGGAAUUGUCACUCACGAAGACGACGAGUACCGCUGGGCUGGCGUGGAAGACCCUAAUAUCGUCAUCACUACAUCACGCGAUCCAUCUGCGAAGCUAAAGCAGUUCGCCAAAGAACUCAAACUAAUUUUCCCCAAUUCUCACCGGAUAAAUCGCGGAAGUUACGAGAUGACGACUCUCUUGGAGUGGUGUCGAUCAAAAAACGUCACCGAUUUUGUUCAGGUGCAUGAACAUCGAGGACAGCCGGAUACUUUGAUAAUCAGCCAUUUGCCUUACGGACCGACAGCCAUGUUCUCCUUGACAAACGUGAUUAUGCGCCAUGACAUUCCCAAUAUGGGCACAAUGUCCCAGCAGUAUCCACAUCUUAUUUUUCACAAUUUCAAGAGUCGGCUGGGUCAACGCGUUGUCAAUAUUUUGAAGCAUUUGUUCCCGGUUCCGAAGGAAGAUUCCAAACGGGUGAUAACUUUUGCCAAUCAGGAUGAUUUCAUCUCUUUUCGCCAUCAUACGUACAAGAAAGAGGAUGGCAAAAAUGUCGUAUUAGAAGAGGUUGGUCCUCGAAUGGAGAUGAAGUUAUACUCGAUUAAAUUGGGCACCGUGGAGAAUAUCGACGCUGCCGACACAGAAUGGCAGCUGAAGCCUUUCAUGAACACGAGCAAGAAACGCCGAUAUUUAAGCGAUGAUCCUGGAUUCCUUACGAAAAACGCUACUGAAGCAUGAGAUUUUCAUGAUUUAUGUCUCAUAGAAAACUUCUUCCUUGUUUUUUUUUAAGUUUGAACCGAUGUUGCUUCUGUUACGGCGGAAUGCAGAUGUUUGAUCAUGAGAAAGUAGAUAUCGACAGUGUUAUCAAGACUGGAAUCGUAUUAAAGACUAAUCGGAAAUGUG